CUAUUCUCUCACGUCCAACUUGUAAAUAUUCGUACGAAUGAGCGUUUUAUAAUAUCAUUAUAUACUAUGUAACACUAACGUUUAAGCCUCGUAAGUAUUAGCUUUUCCACACACGAUGUACGAUAAUAAUAAUAAUAAUAAUGAGUCGUCGUCGCCGUCGUCGAGGAGAGCCGAAAGAAGCACAUAAGAGAGCGAGAAGAAGACGAAGAAGAGCUUAAAUUGCACUUUACUCUCUUUUCUCUCGUAGCUACACUGUGCAGCUGCAGUCGCAGCGCGUCCGUCGGCUGUAUUGCAAGCACCAGUUAAAGCUCAUUCAGUUCAGCGGAAUAACAAGUGCUUCUCUUCGUUUAGAUAAUAUUACAUAGAAGAGUAUAGGUAUAACGGCGCUCGACGUGCAUAUCAUCUCAGCGAAAAAAAGGAAAAAAUUUGGAAACAAGAGAGGGAGAGUUUAUUCAUGCACAUGGACAUCAUGCCAGCAGCCUGUUGAGAAAAAAGAAUAACGAAUACGUCCGAAUCGUCAUGGCUCAUCGACGGCUGCUCCAGCUGGUCGUCUCGGCGCCGCUGCUGCUGCUCUGCGGCGGCAAGGCCAUCACCAGCGACCUGAAUCGCAACAACUUCUCCAACGCCGUGAUCUGCUGCGCCGUGUGCGACGAGUCCGGGGCCAACUGCUCCAUCACCACGUCCAAUCAGAUCUACAACGAGCAGAACUUCAAGAAGUCGUGCCGGGUGCGCUUCCACGCCAACGGCACCUACGAGAGCUCGCCGGUCUACGUCGAGGAGGAGCCGCCGCCGCCGCCGUCGCAGUCGAGUCGACUGCAGGAAGGAGACGCCGGAGCUACAUCGACAGCAGCAGCCGCAUCGAAUCAACCGCUGUACCUGAGCUGGCUGGAUCUGCACCGGGGCGGGCCCAACGACGAGGGCAACAAGACCAUCGACUUCGCUCGCUGCCUCGUGGACACGCACAGGCCCGGUAAAUUCGAUCGGGCCGAGCUGCCGGCGAUCAGAGCCUACGGACUGUCGGGUGCCAAGGCCGAGCAGUACGAGCUGGUGCCGAGGGAGCAGGAGAUGUGUGAGGAGACCUGUCAGAUGAUGAUACUGAAGCGAGUGCCGAGCUUGGACGAUUACAUGGAGAAGAAAAAGAUCACCGACGAGUGACGACCGCUCGUCAUUAUUAC